AUGAAAAAGGUGCACGUGGGAUGGAAGCUCCCGGGCAGGACCUACCGCUACCUUCAGAACCAGCUCGUCCCACGCAAAUGCAUCCUGCAGACCAUAGCGGCUCCUGUGAGAUCCUUCCUGCAGACCAUAGGGGCUCCUGUGAGGUCCUUCCUGCAGAUCAUAGGGGCUCUUGUGAGGUCCUUCCUGCAGACCAUAGGGGCUCCUGUGAGGUCCUUCCUGCAGACCAUAGGGGCUCCUGUGAGAGCCUUCCUGCAGAUCAUAGGGGCUCCUGUGAGGUCCUUCCUGCAGACCAUAGUGGCUCCUGUGAGGUCCUUCCUGCAGACCAUAGGGGCUCCUGUGAGGUCCUUCCUGCAGACCAUAGGGGCUCCUGUGAGGUCCUUCCUGCAGACCAUAGGGGCUCCUGUGAGGUCCUUCCUGCAGACCAUGAGGGCUCCUGUGAGGUCCUUCCUGCAGACCAUAGGGGCUCCUGUGAGGUCCUUCCUGCAGACCAUGGGGGCUCCUGUGAGGUCCUUCCUGCAGACCAUGAGGGCUCCUGUGAGGUCCUUCCUGCAGACCAUAGGGGCUCCUGUGAGGUCCUUCCUGCAGACCAUAGGGGCUCCUGUGAGGUCCUUCCUGCAGACCAUAGUGGCUCCUGUGAGGUCCUUCCUGCAGACCAUGAGGGCUCCUGUGAGGUCCUUCCUGCAGACCAUAGGGGCUCCUGUGAGGUCCUUCCUGCAGACCAUAGGGGCUCCUGUGAGAUCCUUCCUGCAGAUCAUAGGGGCUCCUGUGAGGUCCUUCCUGCAGACCAUAGUGGCUCCUGUGAGGUCCUUCCUGCAGACCAUGAGGGCUCCUGUGAGGUCCUUCCUGCAGACCAUAGGGGCUCCUGUGAGGUCCUUCCUGCAGACCAUAGGGGCUCCUGCAGAGCCCAUUGUGUUUUGGUAG